CCUCACAGUUCCAUAAACACUCUCCAGUUCGCAAAGUUUAUCUUCAGCAGAGCUAACGCUCUGAAACUCCUGAAUCCCGAAUGCUGAAGAUUUAAUUACGAUAGAAGCAGUAAAGAAGCACCUCAUCCAAUUGAAUUACGGUUUCGAAUAGAAAUACACAGAACAAACAUUAUUUAAAAAAUUAAAAAGAAAAUAUUAAGUUGGAAAAUUGUUCUUCUCUGAAACUAAUAUGGCCUAAUUCACCAUAGAAAUAUAACCAAGCAUGAGUGGCUGCAAAGGGAUGAGCAAAAUGUACUCGAAUAAAAUGUUUCGAAUGAAAUAGUGCUUCAUCAAAUCAUUAUAAUCUUCUUGACAAAAUUUCAAGUUUAUUUCGAGUUAUAACUUGAAUGAUCAUUUAAUCCUUGCAACUCUUUUGAUUCUGACGUUUUUCCCCCUGAAUUAGCAUCUUUUCCUAAUAUAAUCGAUGGAAAUUUAACUAUAUCAAACUAGUUUCUAAAAUAAAAAUGUUGAAUGUAAUGUCAAAACUUGUUUUGCUUAGAAGUAGAUAACAAGCAAUUCUCUUGUUAUGGAAAUUCAUAAGUAGGAUAUAAAAAAUAUGAUCAUUAGAAUAUAACGACCAUUCCUAAAGCGAGGAACAUAAGAUUCCUGUUGGGAAGAUAUUCAAGGUGUUCUAAAAAAUACUGGUAAAAAUGGAGAACAUAACAAUGGCCUUCAAUUGCACCCUCGAUGAAGAUAAUUGCACAGAAGAGGCUUACAUGCCUUAUAGUGCCAGACCAGAGACUUACAUUUUACCGGCCGUCUUCUCGUUCAUUCUUAUCAUCGGUGUCACCGGAAAUGGGAUCUUGGUACUUACAAUUCUACGCCAUGCAAAUAUGAGAAAUGUUCCUAACACCUACGUUCUCUCUCUGGCAUUGGGCGACAUGUUGGUCAUUGUAACAUGUGUGCCAUUCACCAUUACCGUCUACGUCUUGGACUCUUGGCCAUUUGGGCUUCUACUUUGCAAAGUUUCAGAAUGUGCAAAAGACGUAUCCAUAGGAGUUUCAGUAUUCACUCUCACGGCACUAUCGGCUGAUAGGUUUUUUGCUAUCGUUGAUCCCAUGAGAAAACUUCACACUGCUGGAACUGGAAGACGAGCUACGAGAUUUACAUCUUGCAUAGCAGCCCUUAUUUGGUGUCUAGCAGCGAUUUGUGCUCUACCAGCAACUUUUUCUUAUAUAAGAUUUUUUCGGGUCAACAAAGACGUAACUUUCAAGACUUGCUAUCCAUUUCCAGAGGAAUUUGGACCAAAUUAUCCCAAGAUAGUAUUACUCUGCAGGUUCAUCGUUUAUUACUUUCUUCCUCUAACCAUCAUCGGGGUGUUUUACCUUUCGAUGGCCAGUCAUUUGGUACAAAGCACUCGUAACAUACCUGGUGAAAUGCAAGGCCAAGUGAAGCAAAUAAAAGCGAGGAAAAAGGUUGCUAAGAUGGUAUUGGCAUUCGUCAUUAUUUUUGCAAUUUGCUUCUUACCUCAACAUGUUUUCAUGUUGUGGUUUUAUAAUUAUCCAGAUGCCCAGAAAGACUACAAUUCUUUUUGGCACCUUUUUCGUAUAGUGGGAUUUUGCUUGGCCUUCGCAAACAGCUGCAUCAACCCCAUUGCACUUUACUUAGUUAGUGGCUCCUUCAGAAAGUACUUCAAAAGGUAA